AUGAGCGAGGAAAAGAAAUGGAACAUCCCUGACGGGGAGUUUUGCGUUUAUGGCACGGUCUACGCCGACCCUGAACACGCCGACGAGGUUGAAGCUGUCUACAAAGAGACGACUAGACUUGCACAAUCCGAGGAGGGCAUAGUCUACUAUUGCCUGUCACGCGACGGAGAUGAUCCCACGAUAUUUCAUUUCUUCGAGCGGUACAAGUCCAAAGCCGCUUUCGAUGCACACAAUCAGCAGGACAUCAUACAGAAAUUCAUCAAGAGUGGUUGGAUGAAAGAUGUGAAGGCAGUAUUCACUAAGCCUAUCACACCAUGA